AUGGCCGAUUUUGAGGAGCCUCUAUCAGAAGAAGAGAAGGUAACGAUAUUAUGAUUUUUAUUCACAAGUUACUCUAUUAUUCAAUUCGGAAGUUACUGUAUGUCACCUAUUAUUGAAUGGUCAACAGUAAAUGGGUACUAUAUUUUAGAGCUACUAGCGUUAGCGCUGUUUCAGUAAAGAGACGAUUUACUUGUGUAGCUAGCUAACUAUGCUAACGUUAGCCUGAACAUCACUGGCCAACUUUUACUGGCUAGAAAUUGUAACUAUUAGUAGUUAUCUAGCUAUGUGCAGGAACAAAGUUCCAGUGUGUUUAAUGGAAAGCCAUGAUCCUACUUUUUGGAUAUGGUUAGAUCUGUUGGGCCAAUUCAGGAAGUAGCUAGCUGUUAGGCAAAAUAAAACGUUGAUACCAUUUCCAGCAGUAGGGCAGUGCUAAGCUAGCUACCUACAUCAGAGGUUUUCUAGGUCAAACAGAUACAGUGGCAGCUCAAAUGCUUCUGCUAGCUGUAGAUGCCCUGAAGAGAGGACGUGUAUACACACACCCGACACUUUUGUGUAGACCCCACAGUAGUGGUGCAAGUGCUUAACUGAAGUACAGUGCCAUGACCCUGUCCAGAAACCAACAACCCUAGGGCCUAGUCCCUACCCCCAACCCUCUAGGCCUAAUUUACGUUUUACUGCACCUAUCCAGUGUGUGUGUGACUAAAACAUAUUUUUUUUGUCCACCUUGUCCUCAGAAAUUUUGCCAUGUAGUGACUAUAUCAGAUCUACACAAGUGUCUAGUGGUUGUUUCUGUACAGGGAGGAAAUUGGGGUAUGCCCUGUGUGGAAUGCAGCUCAGGUUACAGGCAUGAGAAUCAGUAAAGACUGGUUGUUUCCAUAGAAACUGGAUAAGCAGCAAUCUCUUGAGGCCAUGCAAUUGCAGCUAUUGGGUCAAAAUCAGUGGCUGUAACUGACACUGGUUUCUAAUGACCAGGAUUUGUGUUUAAUGUGUUUAUAAAUGAACUUAGGCUAUCUAAUGCAAUUUUCCAGUGUGUUGUCCAUUAGCCUAAAGUAUCAGCUUACACCACUCUCACAAUCUCCUCAAGUAGGCCUCUCUGUGAACAUCAUAGACAGGAUACAGUCUGAAUCGCUGUAUGCAUGGCUUACUGGGUUUAAAACCUAGAAAAGUCUUCCUAGCUCAGUGCGAUUUCCCCCACUCUGCCUGAUCUAAUCAUCAAUUAAAUUGAUGUAGGAUACUAGUAGGAUACUGAUUUGUCCUCUCUCCACAGGUCCGCAUAGCGGCUAACUUCGUUACCCAUGCACCCCCUGGAGAGUUCAACGAAGUUUUCAACGGUGAGGUUUUGUUUUCUGCUACAAAGAACAAAGAAUAGCCUACAAUCACAUUGUUGUUUAGAUGGUUCCAUGUAGUUUGUGAUUGUAAGGGUUUCCUGACUGAAGGUGAAUGUGUGUUUUGUGUAGUUUCCUGUCUGACUAACUAGUUGUUGAUGUAUUGUAAGAUAGUGGACCCAUGACUUAGAGGGUUGCAGGAAGGCAGGCAGACAGCUUCUUCAAGUGCAAGAUGUUUGUUCGCAUGUGAAGAGUGCAGGGCAAAGGUAGUGCAGGAGUCCAUAUUUACAGGUGAAUAGAUCCUAAGAUGUAGGAUAAUGACAAAAUAAAUAAUAUUUACAAAACCGAACCAAAGUUGACUUUAACAGCUAAAAAGUCUUAGCUGGCGUAACUCUUACAAGCUAAGUUUUGUGUUUACAGACUGACAAGUUGAUGUUGAUAUAUGCUUUGCGUUACAGAUGUGCGGAUUCUCCUCAACAAUGACAACCUGCUCAGGGAGGGCGCGGCUCAGUGAGUAGCACCCUGUCACGAUGUGAUGUCAACAUUUUGAAACAACCACAUGUCAUUACUUAUCAUUAGUCAUCAUUAUUGGUGUAUGACUCCAUAAAGAUCCUAUGUUCUAUUUAAUUCUGUGCAUGAUUCAUUAUGUAUUCUCUCUCCCCAGUGCUUUUGCCCAGUACAACAUGGAUCAGUUCACCCCUGCCAAACUUGAGGGCUAUGAUGAACAGGUAAGAGUGAUAUAAGGCUGAGUUUAUCUAGAGCCGCAGUCUGAUGAUCACACUAUAUUUAAUAAUAAUAUAAUAUGCCAUUUAGCAGACGCUUUUAUCCAAAGCGGCUUACAGUCAUGCGUGCAUACAUUAUUUUUCUUUUUUUUGUGUAUGGUGGUCCCGGGGAUCGAACCCACUACCUUGGCGUUACAAGCGCCGUGCUCUACCAGCUGAGCUACAGAGGACAAUUUUUACUGAUAUUAUCAAAUUAAGUCUGUUUAGUACAGUUUACUUGUAAACAAACCGUGUGUCAACAACAACAGUUAACAAUCCUCUUCCAUCUCCAGGUCCUGAUUACAGAGCAUGGGGAUCUGGGUCAGGGGCGCUUCCUAGACCCUCGGAACCGGGUGUCGUUCCGCUUCGACCACCUAAGGAAGGAGGUGAGCGAUGUGCAGCCAUACGACGGAGACAGCUCACUGAGAGCUUGGAGAGAGGCCUGCGACACCGCGCUCAGCGCCUACGUUAAAGAGCACUACCCCAGCGGAGUCUGCACGGUAACCCCACCCACACACACAAAUUCAUAACCUUGUGCGAAUACACGACCACACUCACUCAGCACAUACGUCAGAGUACUACCCCAGAGUCUGUAUGAUACUACACACACUAGCAUCAAUGAACAGAAACAAAAUUGUGCUGCUAACUCAGUUAACCCUGAACCUUGUGAUAUCGCCACUGUAUGUCGUUACUUCAAGCCACUAAUCUGCCUUUAGGCUAAUCAUGAAAUCCCUAUUCACUGCAGGUAUAUGGGAAAACAGUUGAUGGCCAGCAAACCAUCAUUGCCUGCAUUGAGGGACACCAGUUUCAACCCAAAAACUUCUGGUACAGUCCCAACUGCAUCAUUAUACAUUGGUCUUUACAAGUUCAGAAUGUUAUGUGACUUGAAAUCUCUUUCACACAUUCUUCUUCUGCAUUUUCUCUAUCAGGAAUGGGCGCUGUAGGUCAGAGUGGAAGUUCACCAUUGGUCAGUCCACUGCUCAUGUAGUGGGAGUGUUGAAGAUACAGGUGGGCAAUCCUGAUAUUUACUACAGAAACAAAUGCUGAAGAUAAUAAACACCCUAAAGUCUAAUAAUUAAACAGACUCUCGCUCUCCUUUCUCUAGGUGCACUACUAUGAAGAUGGUAAUGUGCAGUUGGUCAGCCAUAAGGAAGUGGAGGAGUCUAUAACAGUGACUGUGAGUGGACAUAACACUGAUUCUAUUCAGCAACAGCCAAUUAGAACCCAUUUUGCUUCAGUGUCUUCACUCUAUCCCUUUAAUGUAAACAUGAGAAGGAAGCAAACUGUAAAUAACAACUUCUGCCAUUAUGUUGUAUAACCGGUAUACUGAACAGGUUAGGUCAGUUCAGGUUAUGGUCAAUUACCUGUGGGAGAAAGGUGACUCUUUUUCUAAAAUAAUUUGCCAACAGAAUGAGAGCCAGACUGCCAAGGAGUUUGUGGAUAUCAUUGAGAAUGCUGAAAAUGAUUACCAGGUAAUUUACAUCACCUUUUUUCAAUGGACAUGUGUGUUCUGUUCUUUAUGGAUGUACACUGCUCAAAAAAUUAAAGGGAACACUUAAACAACACAUCCUAGAUCUGAAUGAAAUAAUCUUAUUAAAUACUUUUUUUCUUUACAUAGUUGAAUGUGCUGACAACAAAAUCACACAACAAUUAUCAAUGGAAAUCAAAUUUAUCAACCCAUGGAGGUCUGGAUUUGGAGUCACUCUCAAAAUUAAAGUGGAAAACCACACUACAGGCUGAUUCAACUUUGAUGUAAUGUCCUUAAAACAAGUCAAAAUUAGGCUCAGUAGUGUGUGUGGCCUCCACGUGCCUGUAUGACCUCCCUACAACGCCUGGGCAUGCUCCUGAUGAGGUGGCGGAUGGUCUCCUGAGGGAUCUCCUCCCAGACCUGGACUAAAGCAUCCGCCAACUCCUGGACAGUCUGUGGUGCAACGUGGCGUUGGUGGAUGGAGCGAGACAUGAUGUCCCAGACGUGCUCAAUUGGAUUCAGGUCUGGGGAACGGGCGGGCCAGUCCAUAGCAUCAAUGCCUUCCUCUUGCAGGAACUGCUGACACACUCCAGCCACAUGAGGUCUAGCAUUGUCUUGCAUUAGGAGGAACCCAGGGCCAACCGCACCAGUAUAUGGUCUCACAAGGGGUCUGAGGAUCUCAUCUCGGUACCUAAUGGCAGUCAGGCUACCUCUGGCGAGCACAUGGAGGGCUGUGCGGCCCCCCAAAGAAAUGCCACCCCACACCAUGACUGACCCACCGCCAAACCGGUCAUGCUGGAGGAUGUUGCAGGCAGCAGAACAUUCUCCACAGCGUCUCCAGACUCUGUCACGUCUGUCACAUGUGCUCAGUGUGAACCUGCUUUCAUCUGUGAAGAGCACAGGGCGCCAGUGGCAAAUUUGCCAAUCUUGGUGUUCUCUGGCAAAUGCCAAACGUCCUGCACGGUGUUAGGCUGUAAGCACAACCCCCACCUGUGGACGUCGGGCCCUCAUACCACCCUCAUGGAGUCUGUUUCUGACCGUUUGAGCAGACACAUGCACAUUUGUGGCCUGCUGGAGGUCAUUUUGCAGGGCUCUGGCAGUGCUCCUCCUGCUCCUCCUUGCACAAAGGCGGAGGUAGCGGUCCUGCUGCUGGGUUGUUGCCCUCCUACGGCCUCCUCCACGUCUCCUGAUGUACUGGCCUGUCUCCUGGUAGCGCCUCCAUGCUCUGGAAACCUUCUUGCCACAGCUCGCAUUGAUGUGCCAUCCUGGAUGAGCUGCACUAACUGAGCUACUUGUGUGGGUUGUAGACUCCGUCUCAUGCUACCACUAGAGUGAAAGCACCGCCAGCAUUCAAAAGUGACCAAAACAUCAGCCAGGAAGCAUAGGAACUGAGAAGUGGUCUGUGGUCACCACCUGCAAAACCAGUCCUUUAUUGGGGGUGUCUUGCUAAUUGCCUAUAAUUUCCACCUGUUGUCUAUUCCAUUUGCACAACAGCAUGUGACAUUUAUUGUCAAUCAGUGUUGCUUCCUAAAUGGACAGUUUGAUUUCACAGAAGUGUGAUUGACUUGGAGUUACAUUGUGUUGUUUAAGUGUUCCCUUAAUUUUUUUGAGCAGUGUAUAUACUUCUCUUGUAAAAUCUCCUCCCCUCCCUGUAGACGGCGAUCAGUGAGAACUACCAGACUAUGUCUGACACCACCUUCAAGGCCCUGCGCCGCCAGCUGCCCGUCACGCGCACCAAGAUCGACUGGAACAAGAUCCUCAGCUACAAGAUUGGCAAGGAGAUGCAAAAUGCAUAG